AUGCGUGGCCAAAACUCUCUGGCAGCCUCGGGACGGUCACAGGCCCACAGCGCAGAAACAGGCUUCCCUCGUCCACGGCAGAAACGCCCGGCCACGCCGCGGCCCUCGUGGCCAAAUCGUCAGCUCGUCUUCGACUGUUCGUUUCAGGUUUUCAGCUGCGCCUGCCCGCCUCACCUCAUCGGCUCACCGUGCUUCACCUGCUCCCUUCCAUCCACGGCUGCGGCUCACCUCUUCUGCUCCGCACCGGCCGCCUCUCCCGCCGCGAACCCCCGCCCCGAUCCUACCCGUGGCCGUCACGCCCACCGGGCCAUACCAUCGAGGGGCUUCUUCCCCUGCCGCGCGUCGCUCAGCCCCGACGGCUCGCUGGACGUGCUCGGGCCCCCCAGUCCCAGGACGGCGCCACCGAUGAGGAAACCGUACCUGCGGGAGCACUCCUGCCUCAUCUUCCCGUCCCCGCGCGGCCGACGCCCUCUGGCGGUCAUCAAGUUCCUCGGCGGCGCCUUCAUCGGCGCCGUCCCCGAGGUCACCUACGGCUACCUGCUGGAGCUCCUGGCGCGGGAGGGCUUUCUGGUCGUGUGCGUGCCGUACAACGUCACCUUCAACCACGAGGCCGCCGCGCGAGAGGUCUUCCAGAGGUUCCAUGCUUGCUACGACGCGCUCCUCGCGUCGGGGCUCCCGGAGGCCGGCCUCAGCGCCCAGGACAUCGCGGAGCUCCCACUCUACUCUGUCGGCCACAGCAACGGGGCACUGCUUCAGCUGCUGGUGGGAAGCUACUUCUCUGAAAAGAUACCAAAGGCCAACGCCAUUGUCUCAUUCAACAAUAGGCCGGCUUCGGAGGCUGUGCCUUACUUUGAACAGAUAGGGCCCCUUUUUAGUCAACUGAUGCCUAUGAUGGAGGCCUCGCCUGUUUACUCGGUGGCCAGAAAUGCAUCAGGAGAUGCAUGGAAGGCUUUGUUUGAUUUAGCUGGAGGUUUUUUACGUGAGUAUGAUCAAGAAGCUAUGGUAUCCCUGAGCAAAUUUGUCGAUCAGUUACCAUCGGUAAUGAAUCAGGUUACAGAAGGUGUGUCUGAAUUCAAACCAACACCACCUGAAAACCGUGAAUUCUGCAAGAAUUCCUACAGCGUACCCAAUACAUUAUUGGUCAAAUUCAGCGUAGAUGCUAUUGAUGAUACAAACAUAGUUGAAGACGUCCUGAGACCCCGCGUUGACUCAAUCGGUGGACAAAUAAAGAAGGCCAUACUGUCAGGAACACAUCUAACUCCAUGUAUACAGGUGAUGUGUCAUACUUUUCAUUCACGCAUUGUAUUGACAGAAUGGGUACUUAAAGGAAUUCUGAAACAUAUGUGCAAGUGCUCUGGGACGCUAAGCCCCCGCCUGUCUGCCACUUUGAAGAAGCACAUGUAA